CGCGGGCGGCGCGGCGGCGGCGGCAGCAGCAGUAGCCUCCGUGGUGUUCCUCCCCGCGGCCCGGAGCCCGCGCUCUCCUGGCUCCCGCCCGAGCAUCUCCAGGGGCGGUUCUGGCUAGCGCCAGCCCUCGGGCCGGGCCGGAUGACCAGGCGCCCAUAGCCCGCGCCGCCCUCUCCCGCCCCGGCGCACAGCCGCCCGCGCGCGAGUCGCCCCGGGACCCCGGCACAGGUUGAAGAAAUAUGGAUACCAACUCCACACUGGUCAUCAGCAUUGUUAUCAUCGGCUUUUUCACCUUUCAGCUUCUUUUCCACUUUGUAAGUUGUUGGUUUUCAGCAAAAGUUUCUCCAGGUUUUAAUAAUCUCAACCUCAAAAAGAAGAUUGAAUGGAGCUCAAGGGUCGUAUCCACAUGUCAUUCUUUGGUGGUUGGUGUGGUUGGCUUGUACAUUUUCUGGUUUGAUGAGGCUACCAUUGCUGAUCCACUUUGGGGUGAUCCAUCUUUUGUGAAGGUGAAUAUUGCUGUUUCUUCAAGCUACCUCAUUUCUGAUUUGUUUAUUCUCAUUUUGUAUUGGAAAGUGAUUGGUGACAAGUAUUAUAUAAUUCAUCAUUGUACAGCGCUGUAUGCCUACUACUUCAUACUGAGUGAAGGAGUGCUGGCCUACAUUGGGAAUUUUCGCCUGCUUGCAGAACUUUCUACCCCUUUUGUGAAUCAGCGGUGGUUCUUCGAAGCUCUGAACUACCCCAGGGUUUCCAAGGCCUACGUCGUCAACGGGGUCCUCAUGACCGCCGUGUUCUUUGUCAUGAGGAUCGCCUCCAUCCCGCCCCUGUACGCCUACAUCUACUCCGUGCUGGGGACAGAGGCCUACCGGAGGCUCGGGGCGUUAAUCCAGUGCUCCUGGAUCUCGUCUUGUGUCGUUUUGGACGUGAUGAAUGUCAUGUGGAUGGUCAAGAUUUCAAAGGGGUGCAUCAAAGUCCUCUCCCUCUUCAGACAGGAGAAAGCCAGGAGGAGUCUGCAGAACGGAAAGCUUGACUGAAAGGGGGCUGCGAUACCCACCUUCGCCCCUGCCCACGGCGUGUCUGUCGAGAGGAUGAAUUCUUGGCGUGUUCUUGUGCUUCUGUAUGAAUUAUACCUGUUAUCCAUGUGUGUCAGUGUCUUUUUUUGGUUUUUAAUCUUUAGAAAAGAGAAACUAAAGUUUCAUUUUUAUCCCGAGACUGACUUCCGCAUUUUCUUCUGCAUUAGAAGCAUGGAUAACAAUCUUAAAGGUUUAAAUAAAAAUUUAUGAAUA